AUGGCAAUUUUUGUUGGUACCCCUUUGGAGGGAUCGCCCUUGAAACAAACGCAAGAUACAGGGAAAAGGCAUCGUAAUGGAAAAGGGAACGAAAUGAAAAAGCAAGAAGACGCUUGCAUGGAGGGACCGUCAAUGUGUGGACAAACUUCUAGUCUUCCUGUUGGUCAAGUUGGCAUUCCCCCGUGUGCACCACCGACCCAAGGUAUAAUCCCUUGCUCACCAGUUCAAGGCGCCACUAUACCUUGUUUUGCACAGCAAGGAAAUCCUUGUCAACAACCUGCUCCUGCUAUGCCUUGCCCACCACCACCACCACCACCACCACAACAACAACAACCAAUGAUUGCUUGUGCUCCUCAAGCCCCAAAUCCAUGCGCUCAGGCACCCGCCGCACCUUGUCCUCCACAGCAAAGCGCAAACCCUUGUGCCCAAGCUGGUCCUUGCAUGGAAUGUCCAGGAGGAUGUGGUCCAGGCGGUGAAACCGGUGGUGGAACUAGCGGAGCAGAAGGAGAAGCAGGAGGAGAAGCAGGAGCUGGCACAGGAGGAGCAGGAGGAGGAGCAGGAGGAGGAGCAGGAGGAGGAGCAGAGGAGGAGGUAAUAGCUAUUGAUAGAGCUGGCACAGCAGGAGCAGGAGGAGGAGCAGGAGCAGGAGCAGGAGGAGCAGAAGGAGCUGGAGGAGCUGGAGGAGCAGGAGGAAUAGGAGGGGCUAAACCACCUAAUAAGGCGUGUGUUCAAGAGACAUUACAGCUACACAACAUCUUAAGAGCCAAGCACGGUUCUCCACCAUUAAAACUGAAUGCAGCGAUGACUCAGAGCGCCCAAGCAUAUGCAAAACAGCUGGCAGCUGCUGGAGGAGACCUCAAUCAUUCACCGAAAAACCAAAGACCAAACCAGGGGGAGAAUUUGGCCAGUUCUUGCUCCAAUCCAGCUAAACCCGCCAACUGCAAGGCCAUGACUCGGAGAUGGUAUAAUGAAAUCAAUAAGUAUAACUGGAAUAACCCAGUCUUUUCAAAAGCAGCAGGACAUUUUACUCAGCUUGUGUGGAAGGCAACAACUGAGCUUGGCGUUGGCCUUGUACAGUAUAUGAAAGACGGCAUGACUUGCCACCUUUUGGUUGCUCGAUACAAAACACCAGGAAAUGUGCCUGGACAGUUUAAGGCUAAUGUUUUACUGAGGGGAAGCGCCUAGUGAAAAUCGGUCAUACUUUGUAAUAAUCGUAAGAAAUGCCUCCUACAGUGUAUGAAGAAAUCACGUUACUUCGAUUAUAUGAUAUAACCUUGUAAGUUCAUUUAUUCAGU